UUUAUCGGAAUCAGCCAUCUUUGUUUACAUUCGCCUCGAACGGUUUGAGGUAGGAACUGGAUCAAUCCGAGUGGGAAGUCUGACUUCCCAUCUUAGUCGAAUGCAGCAUUCACCGUGUAGUGCAGAAAGUUAGCAUAAAUUAGCCGCCCGAGCCGAGAAUGAAAAUUAGACGAACAGUAUGCAUAAAAGUAACUGCUUGAGAAAAUGCUAAUAAGUCGAAUUUACUGACGUUAGUGGUUAUCCGUGUGUUUUUCUCGCUUAAGUGUCUUUAGCUCUAAGUGUCUUUUUAGCUAUAUAUCGUAGAACGAAAUCAUUAUAGUAUUAUAAAGCUCGUCGGCUUGACUGAGCGUUUUAACGAAACCGAAAAUACGUAAUGUGUUUCUUGGAGAUUUUGGUAAAUGUGUUGCCCAAAGUUGGAACCGGCAAGUUAGCGAGCUAAGGCGCCAUUAGCUUUAGCAAAACUAGCAGCGCGUGGGGCCAGCUCGAGUCAGCUGACAGGCUUCAGUCUGCUGCCGCUGCUGUUGUCAACAAGAGAACCGCGCGCGAUGGAUCAACUCAAAGUCAAGGACCGUAUUCUGGAAAACAUCUCCUUGUCGGUCAAGAAGUUGCAGAGUUACUUUGCAGCAUGUGAAGAUGAGACUCCAGCCAUCAGGAACCACGACCGGGUUCUGCAGCGGCUCUGUGAGCACCUUGACCAUGCGCUCUUGUACGGGCUGCAGGAUAUCUCUUCAGGCUACUGGGUUCUUGUCCUUCAUUUCACAAGGAAAGAGGCUGUCCGCCAGAUCGAGGAACUUCAGCACAUAGCAACUAACCUGGGUCGAAGUCGGGCAUGGUUAUACUUGGCGUUGAGCGAGAGCUCUUUAGAAAGCUACCUCCGCCUCUUCCAAGAGAACCAAGGACUGCUGCAGAAGUACUACUUCAAGAAUGCACUGGUCUGCAGCCAUGACCACCUGACCCUCUUCCUCACGCUGGUUGCCGGAUUGGAGUUCAUUCGUUUUGAUCUGGAACUGGAUGUGCCCUAUUUGGAUGUGGCCGCCUACAUGCCAGAAUACUACAAACCGCACAACCUGCUGGACUUUGAGGAAAGGCUGCCCAGCUUGGACAGUUUAUCCCUGAACUCCUUCACCUCCCUGAACUCCACCAACCUGGAGUGGGAUGACAGUGCAAUCGCACCCUCAAGUGAAGAUUAUGAUUUCGGUGACAACUUCCCCGUGUUGCAGGCAAUGCCAAGUGCAGACUGGGAAGAAGGUGACCUGACCGACCAGGCCAGCUGUCCGAGGUCCAGUGGUUCUGAUCCUCUGACCGUCAUCAGUGACUUGGUGGUCUUACCUGCCGCCAAUGGCAAGGCGAAGGUGGGCGCUCGGCUAUCGCCGCCCAGUCCAACUUCCAGACACAACCCUUUCAAUCAUGACUCGGACACCAACACCUCAGCUGAUGUCACGCCGGUUCAUGUGGCCGGAUGUCACAUCGCUUGUGCUACAGACGACACAGUGAGCACCAACAACGAGCUGGAAGUCAUUCGGAUGGCAAGACGAAGGAAAGUAAGCAAAAAACGGCGUGGGAAGAGCUCCACGAAUUCCAUAAGCAGCAUCCAUAACUUCUUAUCAUCUGAGCACAUCGAAAUCGACAGCACCUUCGCAAACACAAAGGAUUCCGAUUCUUUGAACUGCACCGUAAUCCACCUUGACGGGGCGGGAACAGAGGGGGCAGAGAAAAGCAAUGAGGACGGCGAGGAGGCCCUCCUAAGGCUUCCUAAAAUGACAGACACCUCCAUGGAUAGUGUUGGCGAACCCCUCCGGGAUGUCAUAGACAGACUUAACGAGGACGUCUGGGACCCGCCCAAGUACGAGGAGGGUCCCGAUCCUCCUGCCCAGCAGCCCUUUCGAGAGGACUGCGGGGGUGAGCCUCCUGACUCAGACUCAAGUCCAGACCACCUGCAGGCCGCUCAAAACGUACUCUGCCUUACCCCCGACAAUCCAGACUCUGCUGCCUCAGGUGGUGGGGACCAUGACACUACAGAGCAUUGCCAGUCAAAGAUACUUUCAGGUGGCCAUGAAGAUCAAAGGGAGGCAAAAGCGCCAGCAGGAGGGGAGCCUGACGUGAAAAACGAGGAGGAAUUUGAUGUGGACGUGUGUAAAAUGACUCCUGUGCAAGAGGAGAAGCUUAGUUCCUCCGAAAGUUCUCAUCCUGCUGAAUUUAAGGUAGACAACAACCACUUACUACUCCUCAUGAUCCAUGUAUUCAGAGAGAAUGAGGAGCAACUCUUCAGGAUGGUGAGGAUGAGUACAGGCCACAUGGAAGGGGACCUGCAGCCUCUUUACCUGCUGCUGACUGACUGUUAUAUCUACCUGCUGAGGAAAGGUGCAGCAGAGAAGCCUUACACGGUGGAAGAUGCUGUUUCUUAUAAUGAGCUGGACUAUCUCUCAGUGGGCCUUGAUCAACAGACAGUAAGCAUAGUUUGCACUAAUAGAAGAAGGAAGUUCCUGUUAGACACAGCUGAUGCCUCCUUGACUCUAUGGUUCUUGUCUGUUCUUAAGACGGCCAUGGUGAAUGGUUGCCGUGAGCCCCCGUAUCCUUCCAUCCUGACUGAUGCCACCAUGGAAAAACUUGCUCUCACCAAAUUUGUCUCCCAGGAAUCUCACUGUGAGGUUUCUGAAGUUUCGAUACAUCUAUAUUCACUGGUCCACUGGGAGGAUCCUAUGGAUGCGAGCUUGCCCAACUUGAAAUUACCGUCCAGCGCUAAGGAAGGGAUGAUGCAGUACCGGGCUGGCUCCACAUACCUGGGCAAGGAGCUGUGGAAAAGCUGCUACCUUGUCCUCAGUAAUGGAAUUCUGUACCUCUAUGCAGAAAGGACUGAUGUGACUCCUGUGCUCUCCGUCACUAUGGGGGGGGAAUACUGCGGAGGGUGCCGUCGUUCAAACAGCACAGAGCGUCCCCAUGCCUUUCAAGUCAUCCUGACAGAGCGCCCCCCACUGGAGCUCAGUGCCAACAACGAACAGGACAUGGCUGAUUGGAUGCAGCUUCUCUGUCAGUCUGUCUCCAAAGGAGUCAUCCCCCAAGGUGCAGCCCCCAUCCCGUGUAUCCCGUGUUGUCUGGUUGUGACGGACAGCAGGCUGCUGACUUGCCAUCAGGACUGCCAGACAAGCUUCUUCCGCUUGCUGGGCAGCGCCGACAUCUGCGACGUGGAGGCCGUCAGCCUGGAGGCUGACGUGGAGUACUGUGUCAUUGAGUUUGCUACAGAUCGUGACAGCUUCCUGCCCCCGUGGGUCUUGUAUUUCAGCGGGUGUGAGGAGAGAGACAGACUGCUGGAGGUUUUGGACAGCGCGUGGAGAAGCAUCUUCCAGGUGGCACUCCCCCACAGGGAGGUUUGCGAGCCGUCAGUGCAGAAGCACUGCGGCGAAGGCCUGGCCUUAAUGAAGAGCGCCUGGCAGCGGGCAGACAGUUUGGCACGGGGCCGCGCGCAGCGCGAGCCUUGCUAAUGGAGAUUCACAAUCUCAAGAAAUGAAGAUGGUAGGUAGGAGUUGGCCUUCUGAAAUGUUUUUUCCAUGUUUAAUGACUCCAUAUAUCAAUACCUAGCCACAUUUCACUGUUUGAGGUCAACUACUGGUAUGAACUUUUCUACGACAUUCAGAUUUAUUUGAAUUGAGGUAAGGGGUAACGAAAAAUUGAUGAUGAAAGCCUAAAAGUGCACUUGACAUGUGCAGAUGGCUUCCAUGCAGACUUGCACAUUGUUUUCCUCGCGGUACCAAUGGUAGCAUUUUGGUCGGCGUUGGUUUGAUGAUUGUGUUAUUGUGAGGCAGACCUUGGUGCAAUAGCACAAAAUCAUGAUAUGAUUCACUUGUUUUUUUAAAUUGUUGUUGCUUGUUUUGUUUUGGGUUUUUUUUGUCUCUACAACCACAAACAAAAAAAUGCUUUUAUCUUGUAACUCGAGUUUCUGUCAUUAGGAAAACAUUGUGGUCAAUACGACAAAUGUAAACCAAAUGCCAAUUAAAGGUUCCUGUGAUAUCAAAAAAUAAGAUCAAGAUAAAACUUUUUACACGAUUAAUGUGACCUACAACCUUUACAACUCUAAUUACCCCACUGGGAUAAAUAAAGUUUUCUGAAUCUGAAUCUGAACUCAAUUUAAAAAGUAUGUUAUCCUUUCAAGAAAGGAAAUAAAAAUAAAUAACUGAGAUAAAGCAGUUGCGGCGGUAUGCACACCCUCUUCGAAACAGCUUGUGGCGGUGUUCAGAAUGAACCAAUCAAAUCCAAACUGAAGUUACGUCCAAGUUCAGCACACGCGUGCCAACAUAACAGGUGCCUCCAAUCAACCCCAGAUACAUUUCAAAUGUUCUAGUAGGCUUUUUUUUUCUUCUUCCAAGCAGAACCUUGAUGGUUUUGUGCCACCACAUUAUCUCAGUUGUUUAUUUUUAGUUAACAUCUGAAAGAUUUGUUUUCAUUGAGUUAUAGAAUUUAUGUCACAUUAUUUGUGGGAAAAGUUUUGAAAUGGGUGUGUGUAGACUUUUCAUAUCUACUGUAGAUAUUUCACUUACACGUGCCGUCAUGUCGAGUGCUUUAAUCUUUUCCAAGUGCCACUUGAUUGCCUCUGCUGCCCUUUUACAAACAAAUCUAAUCUCAGGUGAAAAAGGUACUUGUGCAUCCAAAAUUCACCGCUUUCUCACUUUUUUUUUCUUUGCUGCAUUUUAUUGCGAUUCUUUUACUUUCCAUGUCGUUCAUUGGAGUUCAGAACAGUUGUUUUGUGUAUACAAAAGGAGCAAAAAUGUUUGACCAAUUUUGACCUCGCAUGUCAUUUUUUGGCAGUGUAUGGCGUUCGGGUACCCAAGCGCACUUUAUUUUCCAUCAUAUAUACACCAAGAGGCUACAGCAUUAUGAACGCUGUUAGUUUGCAGUGGUGUACAACUACUGAGAGCUGUUGCUAGUUUUGAUAACACUGCAGAGUCAAACGUAUUGGGCUCAGCUUUGGUAUAAUGUGUCACAAUAAUGAGCAUAUUGUUACAAUCGUACCUUUCUAAGUGUUAAUCAAAAUUAAACGUUUACUGUUGGAAUGUUUGGGCUGGUCGGUGUUUAAAGAAAUCUCAUAUGCGGGAUUCCCCCUUUUUUUUUUUGAGAAGCAGAGAGAAAAAAAGUUGCAGAUCGUGAAGUUCAGAUGUGGUAAGUGUAAAGAAUUUGUGUCAACCUUCAGUCAAACAUUGCUGGCCAAUGAUGGACGACAUCUUAAUCUUUUUUGUUUUGUUUUGUUUUUUGUUGCAAGUAAAAUGUGUAUUAAGUUGCGCUAUUUUAUUGGGACGUAAAUAUAGCACUAAUGAAAAAGAACAUGCACAUGCCAGUGUUGUUGUUUUUUUAAAUACCGUCAACUGUGCUUAUGAUAUGAAAAUAAUAACCUGGUGGCAGAACAAAAUAAAGCGAAUAAUUAACA